CAUUUGUGUCUGCUCCGCAAGCCUAGAAAUUCUUUAAAGAGAUUUUUGAUUAUUACACGUAUUCAUUGUUGUACUGGGUAAAUGAGAGUUUUGUGAUUAUGUUUUAAUUUUUUGCAGAAAAAAUUUACUUCCAAGUUUUCUUUGCCUCAAAUCGGUAUUAAACUAUGGCUGCUGAAGAUGGUGUAGAUUUAAAAAAUGAAGAAGGUGCCAAUGUUAGUAAUUCUAAAGAGCUAGAUAUUCAUCAGAAAACAUUUACUCUGGAGAUAUUGCAUAUAAUCAAGGAUGCUCAGCAGCAGCAUGGGUUACGUCAUGGUGACUACCAGCGUUACAGAAGUUAUUGCAGCCGCAAAUUACGACGCAUACGGAAAUCUUUGCAUUUUAUUCUGGCCUCCAAGCACAGAUAUCAAGCAAAAAAAAUUACAGAAGAGGUAUUGACUGAUGUUAGAUUUCUAUACAUUCCAUUGAUGAUGGCUGAGAGAGCUUGGGGAUAUGCUAUGCAGUUGAAGCAGGAAGCUAAUACUGAAACUAGAAAGAAGUUUCAUUUGGUUUCAAGGUUGAGAAAAGCAACGAAAAUUGCUUCUGAUUUAGAAACUCUUUGCGAAAGUUCGAAAUGUGACGCUAGAACUAAACUUGAAGCGCAGGCAUAUUCUGCUUGGAUAAAAGGGUCAUUAUAUUUUGAGCUGCAACAAUGGCAGUCAGCUAUAGAAUGUUUCAGAAUAUCACAGACAAUAUAUGAAAAGCUUUCUGAAGCAUUGAAUGAAGAUGAAGUUGUUUUAUACAAGCAGCGAGUUGAGGAAUUAAUUCCAAAUAUUCGUUAUUGUGCUUAUAAUAUUGGAGAUGAAACUGCAAUCAAUGAUCUAAUGAAAAUGAGGCUUUCUGGGAAGACUUCUGGAGAAGAUUUGUUAGCAUCUGAUUUAGAUCAUUUAAUAGCCCAAACUCGAGAAAAGCAAGCUGUUACACUAUCAGAAGUUGAAUGGCAAGGUCGUAAGAUUCCUGUAAGGCAUGAAAAAAUCAGAUUGUUUUUAUUGAACGUUCAAGAUGCACAAGUACAGGUUGAACAAGCACUUGAUUUGCAGGCAAAAAUAGAAGUUUAUGAACGGUUAUUGUUAGAUUGCAAGGACGCAUUGCAAGUUGUUAGAGACGAAAUGAAAGAUCAGGCUGGGAAAGGUCGUUCUGAUGCUGCUCAAUCAAGUCUUGCCUUUCUACAAUCGUACUUGACUUACAUUCGACUUUCCAAAACUAUAGAACGAAAUCUUUUGUUUAUUGAAUCCCUUAAGCAAAAUAUGGGCUCAACUUCUGAAACAGCAAUCGAGGGCAAAAGAGUGACAAAGCCCCAAGAUCUUGUUCGGCCAUAUGAGAUCAUCAUUCAGAACUUACAUGAAAUGAAGCAACUGCCGGGGGUAGAAUCGGAUUCUAAUUUCCUUGAUGAAGCAGAAGCAAGUAUAUUAGCUUAUAAAGCUCAUAGGUGCUUUUAUAUAGCUGAAGUUUAUGCUGCUGCAAAUAAAUGGGUUGAAGCUAUAGCUUUGUAUGGGAGAUCAGAAGAAUAUUCUAAAAGUGCUUUGAAGAAUCCAGCUUUAAAAAACAAGAAAUUGAUUGGGCUACUUAAAGAACUGUUGACAAAAAUUGAAGGGAACAAGUAUAAUGCUUACUCUUUAAGUAUUUUAGGAAAUGAAGACAGCGUUCAACCCACUGAUAGUGCAACAAAAGGCAAAAAGAAUUUGAUGGACAGAUUAAAUGAAUACCGUGAAGAUGCAACAUUAGUAUCACCACAGCCGAGAAUAGCACAGUUUCCACCUGACUUUAAACCUAUUCCUUGUAAACCACUCUUUUUUGAUCUAGCUUUGAAUCAAAUCGAGUUUCCACCUCUUGAUGACAAAAUUGAACAAAAGAAAGGAGGUGGAAUCACCGGAUUUGUUAGAGGGUGGCUAGGUGGCUGGAAAUAAACUGAACUAAAAUGUCUUUGUUUAUUAUGCUUUUUAAAGCAUUGAAAUAAAGUUUAUAAUGUAA